AUGAACCGCACACAAUUGACCACUUUGGAUGAAAAGGCCUUUGCAGAAAAGGUGCCGACAAUGCUCUGGUCAGAUCGAGAGACGCUUUUCGAGGAUGGAAGUGAGAAUAUCGACACUAUCAGGUCCCGCGCAUCAGAGCCUGCGACCGUCGAAGCCGUUUCGUCUGUUCUCACCUCUGCUAUCGAGAAUGAAGAUUACGGUACGUUGAGGGUGCAUCAAAAAGCAUUGUACUCUGUCCUUUUCAAGCUCUCCUCCCAAAAGCUCCAGCCUUAUCGACCAGCUUUGGCUGAACUCGCUGCAUUCGACAUCUCAGACUUUGCGCAUCGCUCAUCGCAUUACGCACAAACUUCUAUUCUCAUUCAAAACGCAGGACAAUUCGACAUGGUCAGCGAUCGCACACUUACAGAGCGUGUUCAUACUGCCGAAGAGAUGAGGCCAUAUAUGCUUGAGUUGUUUAAUUGGCUUGUUGACGCGAAUAAUCCGCCAUUUACGCCUUGUCGAGACCAGCUUGCUCGGUUUCCCGAGACUGCUGCUGUUGUUGCGGCGGAAGUUCUGGCAAAGGCAAAUGAAGAGAAGGACACGGAAUACCAACACUUCUUGAUUGACUUUGUCUAUGACUGUGUGCCAGUCGGUGAGGCAUGGAUACCAAUGCGAGAACAUGUUCAAGCGCUGGUAAAGGAGUUGGAGGGGAGCACAAAUGAAGAUGAUGAGGACCUGGUUGGCGAGGCCAACGAGUGGCUAACGAGAUUGGAACGAUGGGAAUCUUCGGGAGAGUAA